CGGGAGCGCGCGCUGAAGCCGCCGUCAGUUGUCUCGUGCGAACGUUGUGGGGCCGUUGGUGUUUACCCCUGUUCGUAAAUCAGUAAUUUUCUCUUUUUCUAAAAAAAAUAACAAAAGGUCUCUCUAUAUAUUUUUAAACUAUUAGUGUAUAGGAAACGACCGGCCCGCUUCGAAAAAAGGGGAAUUUUUCUAAGGAAUGUCGAAUCCCGGAGCUCGACGGAACGGGUCAAGCAUUAAAAUCCGGCUGACAGUGUUGUGUGCAAAAAGUCUGGCUAAGAAGGAUUUCUUCAGAUUACCUGACCCGUUUGCCAAAAUUAUUGUCGAUGGCUCUGGACAGUGUCAUUCAACAGACACAGUAAAAAACACGCUUGAUCCAAAAUGGAACCAACACUAUGACUUGUACAUUGGAAAAGCAGAUUCAAUUACUAUAAGCAUAUGGAAUCACAAGAAAAUACAUAAGAAACAGGGAGCUGGCUUCCUGGGCUGUGUUCGGCUGCUAUCAAAUGCCAUCAGUAGGCUAAAGGACACUGGCUAUCAGCGGUUAGAUCUAUGCAAGCUCAGUCCCACAGACAGUGAUACAAUACGAGGGCAAAUAGUAGUAAGCUUACAAACACGAGAUCGAAUAGGAACUGGUGGUCCUGUUGUCGAUUGCAGAGGACUAUUGGAUAAUGAUCUACCUGAGGGGCCACUUUUUGAGGAUGCUGGACCUGGAAGGCCACUGAGCUGUAUUAUGGAAGACAACGUACCUUAUGCAGACAUGACCGGUGCUGCUGGCGGAGGGAACUGCCAAUUGAUAGAGUCUCCAAACCAGGAACAGAGACUGCAGACACAGCGAAUCCGAAAUUUUGGGGUUCGAGUUCAAACGCAUAUACCACAGAGCCGGCCUCAUGGUCAUCAAUCACCUGUAUUACCGGAGGGAUACGAACAGAGAACAACUGUACAGGGACAGAUCUAUUUCCUGCAUACACAGACUGGAGUCAGCACUUGGCACGAUCCUCGAAUUCCAAGGGACCUUACAAAUUUUAACUAUGAUGAUCUUGGUCCUUUACCUUCUGGUUGGGAAGUCAGAAGUACUGUAUCAGGCAGAAUAUAUUUUGUGGAUCACAACAACAGAACCACACAAUUUACAGAUCCCAGACUGCACCAUAUAAUGAAUAAUCCAUCUCAGUUGAAGGAAUCAAAUCAGCCAUUGCCAGUGCAGACAGAGGCACCCGUAGAAGAAGGGGAAGGGGAGUGGGCAAUCCCACGAUGCGAACGAGAUCUAGUGCAGAAGUUGAAAGUCCUGAGGCAUGAGCUUGCUUUGCAGCAACCACAAGCUGGGCAUUGCCGAAUUGAAGUGUCCAGAGAUGAAAUUUUUGAGGAAUCAUACCGACAAGUGAUGAAAAUGAGGCCAAAAGACUUGAAGAAGCGUUUAAUGGUCAAAUUUAGAAGUGAAGAAGGAUUGGAUUAUGGUGGAGUCGCCAGGGAAUGGUUGUAUUUGCUCUGUCAUGAAAUGCUGAAUCCAUACUAUGGACUAUUUCAGUAUUCAACUGAUAACAUCUACACGCUACAGAUCAACCCAGAUUCUGCAGUUAACCCUGAGCAUUUGUCGUAUUUUCAUUUUGUGGGUCGGAUAAUGGGACUGGCUGUAUUCCAUGGACACUACAUUAAUGGGGGCUUCACAUUACCAUUCUAUAAGCAGCUCUUGGGUAAACCUAUCCAGUUAUCAGACUUGGAAACUGUGGACCCAGAAUUGCACAAGAGUCUGGUUUGGAUCCUUGAAAAUGACAUCACACCUGUACUUGAUCAUACAUUUUGUGUUGAGCACAAUUGUUUUGGUCGGAUUAUUCAACAAGAGCUGAAACCAAAUGGCAGAAAUGUACCUGUUACAGAGGAGAAUAAACGAGAAUAUGUGAGGCUUUACGUGAACUGGCGGUUUAUGAGAGGAAUUGAGGCACAAUUCCUGGCUUUACAGAAGGGAUUUAAUGAGCUUAUUCCACAACAUCUACUUAAACCUUUUGAUCAGAAGGAAAUUGAGUUGAUUAUUGGUGGAUUGGGCAAGAUUGACAUUAAGGACUGGAAGGCUAAUACACGUCUGAAGCACUGUACAUCUGACAGUAAUAUAGUAAAGUGGUUCUGGCAAACAGUAGAGAUGUUCGAUGAGGAAAGGAGAGCACGACUUCUUCAGUUUGUGACCGGAUCUUCCCGGGUACCUCUGCAGGGAUUCAAGGCACUACAAGGUUCUACAGGUGCUGCAGGCCCAAGACUUUUCACCAUCCAUCUAGUUGAUGCCAACACAGAAAACCUUCCCAAAGCACAUACAUGUUUUAACCGUAUAGACAUUCCUCCUUAUGAGUCCUACAAGAAGCUUUAUGAGAAAUUGUUGACAGCAGUUGAGGAAACUUGUGGCUUUGCAGUGGAGUGAAGUACAUGAAGACUUGCCUUGAAGCAGUUGGGAACACUACAGAAGUGAAGUUCUAUUAGCUUCUUGUUGAGCAGAGCACGAUAUGCCCGGGAGAACUAACAAUUUACUCACAUGGUUACUAUAACUUACAAGUAACAUAAUGCUGAUCACCUCAGAAAUGGAAAAGUGGUAGGAUUUCUAAAAAGCAAACUUGGAAGUUCAUAAGUGAAGAAGAUAUUGUAUCUGUAAGACAGAAAAUGGACCUGUUUCAAUUGUAUUAUACAUUUUAAGUUGUGUGCUUGAAACUUUAUUUCAAAAGACUUUGCACAGUGAAAGAUGACAGAUCCUUGCACAUUUCACUUCCCUUAAUUAUGUCCUUUUUAUUUAACCCCACUUCAAAGCAGUUGUCUCAUGGAGAAUUUUCAUUCUUUCAGAACCUGAAACUGGCAUUUCGAAAUACUGGAUGUUAAUUGAGAAAUAGCUCUGUUUAUAGCUACAGUAUUCUUUUUUUUUAAAUCAGUUCUUUCAGUGCAGGCAGUAGCUAUAUUUAGUGUGUUUUAAUUAAAUCAGAUUAUUUUUAACCUAUAUUUUGUUAAAAAAUUAUAUUCCUCCACAAUAUGCUGAGUAACUUUUUAAGAAUAUUUGCAAGUAUAUAUGAACACAAAAAAGCUUAGCUCUAAUAAAAGUGAAUUUUUGAGUACUGAAAUCACUUUUUGGCUCUAAAAUUCAAACUUGUCACAUGAAAACGUUUGUUCUGAGAACAUUGAACUAAGAAAUCCUGUGGAUCUGUGCAUUCCUGGAAUUCCAUUUUAUAAUGUACAUAAAAUAGAGUAUCAAUUUUACAGAAUUUAAUUUAAAAAAAAUCUACGUAUGUUGAAGCCUGAAAGUAUCUUUCAGUACUUGAAAGAUUAAUCCACAAAUGUUGUUUCCACAGGAGUUUAGCUUGGAGAGAGUUGGUGGGGUGUGGCAGGGAGAGGUGAAGAAAUAACAUGCACUGUUUGUAGUGAAUGGUGCUUUACCAAGUCUCUUUAUUUUAUAAAUGUGACUUAUCUUUAAAUCUGCUUUUUUUUUUCACCUUUAUGUUCCCUGCUAAGAUGGGAAUCUGCAAUGGUAAUCUUUGACAAAAUACUCCAAUCUUAUAAACAAAAGUCAAACUUAAGUUAGGAAAUCCUUGUAUGUUCACAGUAGUAUCUCUAUCUUAACAACUUUCUGCAUCUUCUACAAAUUCUGCCAGUUUGAUUUUCUGUUAAGUUUUUACUCGAAAAAUUAAUUCAAGACAUUUAAAAUUAAUUAACAAUUUUUUGGAAAUCUGAAUAAGUGAAGAGGAAUUGUAUUCACAAUGUUGACUAAUUUAAAGAGAGUACUGCAGCUUUAAACAGAAAUGAUUCCUGAGUUAGUGGGGACCAUUGUUUUUGAACUUGCUAAGAUGUGUACCUUAUAUUUCAGACAAAAACUGCGUGACCCCAAAUUAGACCAACUUGAUGAGAUCUAUGGAAUAAAUUGAUGUGGAAGCUAAUAGCUUUUCAUAUAUUGGUAACUUUUAGGAAUAUGACAAAUGUUGUGUCUGUUUUAAACCCAACACUAUUCCAUUCUCGUUUUGAGAAAAAUCAUGUUGUCUCAUUAAUACUUUUCCUUUAUGUCUUUUGAUCAUUAUAAAAAUGAUAGAUACUUGCUGUAAAGAUGUUUUCCAAAAUGUAUUUUAAAGAAGAGAUUUUUGUAGUAUGUUUUUUAUAAUUCAGGAGUAACAGGAUAUCCACAUUCACCAGAAUAAUGGCUUUAAAUUCAGAAAGAUGAUAAUGUGUUGAAUGGAUGUUGUGUAAGUUCAGAAAAGUCUUAUUACACUGGUUGAUUUUACACAAUGAAGGUACAGACCAUGUUUAAUCCCUUAAAAUCCAGAAGGCAUGAAAUUAAUUUCCUUGACGGAAACAACAGCUCGACUUUUGCAUUAUUGAAGAUACCUGAAAUCUCAUAGUCUCAGGUAAUAAAAUUGUGAUAACUUCGUG